AUGUUCAUGCCCCGGCCAGCCCCAGCCAGCCCCAUCCCGCCUCAGCCCCCUCAGCACAGCAAAGAACUGAAGUAUAGGAACACGGCAGAAUGGGUACUACCAAUCGACAAACUGUCGGGAGGGAUGAAGGAGAUGAUCCAUGCCUUUCUAGUACCUGCUCUUAACCCAUUAGGAAAUCUCUCCUUCCUUGGGGAAGAGAACGAGGAGGUGGGAGAAUAUGCCAGAAGCGUUUCUCCAGCAGAGUUCCUCACAUGCAAGGUUUGGGGUUCCCCAAGACCACCUUUAGGUGUAGCAGCUCGCUGGAAGGACUCAGAACUCACUGAGAGCUGUUACAUUCAUGGUUAUGGAUCACUGCAGGGAAAGGAUGCAGAUUUGAAAGCAGCCCAGGGAGAUGUCACGGAUCAAAGUCUAGGGGAAUUCCUGAUGCACACCCUCCCGGUUGUCCUCUCCUCGUGCGCUUGCGGCCAGUGCCUAGUCCUCCCAGCAACAUGUGUGACGCUACAAGCUGUAGCGGUCCCACAUCUGUGUACAGUUCACCUACCAGCAGAGUGUUCCUUAUCGCCUCCGCGCCUCUGCACCCUGGCUGAUGCACUUGUGCUCAGUACCUGCCCGAGCUCUGUUCACCUAAUGAAUUCAGGCGGGAGCUCCUCAAACGAGGAAUUGGCAGUAUCUUGGGCAGACACAUUAAAAGCUGGUAUCUGUCUAACGCGUGUGCUCCUUGCCCGACUUGAAGGUAGAAGUUCCUUGAAAGAAAUAGAACCGUAUCUAUUUGCUGAUGAAGAUUCAUCUGUCCAUGGUGACAUUCUUGAAUUUCAUGGUCCAGAGGGAACCGGAAAAACAGAAAUGCUUUAUCACUUGACAGCGCGGUGUGUGCUUCCAAAAUCGGAAGGCGGGCUGGAAGUAGAAGUCUUGUUUAUUGAUACAGAUUAUCGCUUUGACAUGCUCCGGCUCGUUACGAUUCUGGAGCGCAGACUGUCCGGCGGGUCUGAAGACGCGGUGAAGCGGUGCCUCGGAAGGCUCUUUGUGGUCAGCUGUGGCAGCAGCACGCACCUGCUCCUCACCCUGCACUCCCUAGAAAGCACCGUCUGUGGCCACCCUUCCCUCUGCCUUCUGAUCUUGGAUAGCCUGUCCGCCUUUUACUGGAUAGACCGCGCCAACGGAGGGGAGAGCGUUAACUCCCAGGAGUCUGCUCUGAAGAAGUGUUCUCAGUUCUUAGAGAAACUUGCACACGAGUAUCGCUUAGUUGUUUUUGCAACCACACAAAGCCUAAUGCAGAAAGCCUCCGCCUGGACCGAAGGGCCUUCCUCGGCCGAAGCGGACUACAGGCCCUAUCUCUGUAAGGCGUGGCAGCGGGUGGUAAAGCACAGACUGUUUUUCUCCAGACCAGAGGAUUUGAAAACCAGCAACCGGUUUUCUUUAGUUUCACAUAAUUUAAAAAGUAACAGUUUUAAAAAGCAUGUUUUUAUUAUUGGAGAAAGUGGCAUUGAGUUUUGUUGA